CCAAAGCCCGGACCCGGUGACCGGUGGCAGCCUUAUGGGCGGGGGUGGGGAGAGAGCCCUGGGCCGAAAUAGCGGCGUCGCGACGCUCAGUGGGUCGCCGUCUCAUCAUGGGGCCGGACCAGCUCCGUCAGAUUGUCUCGCUCGAGUUCGAGGUCUUCGGAGAAGUUCAAGGACGAUAUUUCACAAAGUAUUGCAAGGAGAGGUGUACAGAGCUCGGUAUCGGUGGGUGGGUGAAAAACAGUAAACGAGGCACAAUCGUCGGCAAACUCCAGGGCAACAAGUCAAACGUGGAGGAGAUGGUGUCGUGGUUGUCCAAGACAGGCAGUCCAGGUUGUGUCAUAGAACGUUGUGACCUCAGCAAUUUCGAGUACCUAGCGCGCCAAGAAUUCCGUGGAUUCAGUAUCCGCUUUUGACCAAAUAUUUGUUUUAAUUUAUUUUUCUUGUUAUUGUACUGUUUUAAAUAAAUGACAUUUUUACAAUAAA